AACAAGCCCUCGGCAAAGCCUUAUCUGAUCUCCCUCCGAGCGCCAGGUAGCACUCGCCGCCUAACCCCCUCCACUCUCGCGCUCCCGCGCGCUGAAACCCCGAAUUCAAUCCGCCAUCAUCGAAUCCUUUGAACCCCCAAACCCUGCACUUCCUCUCCCUACAUCCUCCCCAUCUCCUCUCUUCUUUGCCUCUCUCUCCCUCUCCAAUGGCGCUGAAUCUAGAUCACCGGGCCAAGGAUGCCUUCUUGGAUGACGAAUUCGACCUCGCUGUGGAUCUUUACACGCAGGCUCUCGAUAUGGACCCUAACAACGCCGAUCUCUUUGCCGACCGUGCCCAGGCCAACAUCAAGCUCCAGAAUUACACUGAAGCUGUUGCUGAUGCGAAUAGAGCGAUCGAGUUGAAUCCUUCGAUGUCCAAGGCUUAUCUGCGCAAGGGCGCUGCUUGCAUGAAGCUCGAGGAAUAUCAGACUGCUAAGGCAGCUCUUGAACAGGUUUCAACGGUUACACCAGGGGAUUCCAGAUUCUCAAGACUUAUAGAGGAAUGUGAUAAGCUGAUUGCAGAGGAAACCUUGGGUCUCACAAAGACAGUGAUGCCUGGUACUCCGGAAUUUAUAGUGUCAUCAAAUACAACCAAUGUCAAUGUCAAUGAAACCGAUGCUAGCUCUAAACCUGAUGUUGCAAGUCAACCUGAAGAUUUGAUUCCUAAGAAACCAAAAUACCGACACGACUACUACAAUUCUCCUACAGAAGUAGUGUUGACCAUCUUCGCCAAGGGUGUUCCAAAAAACAAUGUGCUUAUUGACUUUGGCGAACAAAUUUUGAGCGUCACCAUUAGCAUUCCUGGUGAUGAAAUCUACCAUUUUCAACCGCGUCUGUUUGGGAAGAUUAUUCCUGAUAAGUGCAGAUAUCUGGUGCUGUCUUCAAAAAUUGAAAUUCAUCUUGCUAAGGCUGAGGCUGUUACAUGGCCAUCUCUGGAAUUCAGGAAAGAUAAAACACCUUUGCAGAGGACACAUGUACCAUCAGCCUCAAAAUCGGACAGACCCUCCUAUCCAUCUUCUAAAACAAAAGUAGACUGGGACAAACUUGAAGCCAAAGUAAAGGAGGAGGAAAAAGCAGAGAAGCUGGAUGGUGAUGCAGCUUUAAACAAGCUAUUCCAGGAUAUAUACCGAAAUGCUGAUGAAGACACCAGACGAGCAAUGAGCAAAUCGUUUGUGGAAUCUAAUGGCACAGUUUUGUCCACAAAUUGGAAGGAUGUGGGAUCUAAGAAGGUUGCUGGGAGCCCACCAGAUGGAAUGGAGUUGAAGAAAUGGUAGAAAUGACCUGAUUAUCAAUGUCUAAUACUUGUUGUGUUGAUCCGUGUGUUAUUACCUUCUUUAUUUAGCGGCUGCUUUGUUUAUGAAGAUUCUGUAAUUUUUUUUUUUCUUUUUACUGUUCUUUGAGUUUUGCUUUAGUUUGGGAAUAUUGGUGGUUUUCUCUAGUGCGGUAUAUCAUUAAAUCUCUUUUCUCGCUGA